CAGCAUCUUGCAUCCCACAGAGUUCACCCGAACACUUCAAAGAAUCAGCCAUGAGCAACAUGCCUGCUGAUAACUCCAUGACGGAGUUACAGCUGCUGGAUGCUGACACCGCCACCGGCCGGUCGGAGAGGGCUAAAUGGCUGCUCACUUCUCCUGACCCGCCAGCCCCAUGGCAUCAACUCUUCAGCUCCAUAAAGCAGACUCUUCUGCCUCAACCAAAACCCAAGCAGCCUCGGCCGAAUCGAUCCUUUCUCUUCAUGCAAACCCUCUUUCCAAUCCUUAAAUGGGGAAAGAAUUACAAAGCUGCAAUGUUUAAGAAUGAUCUCUUGGCUGGCUUAACUCUUGCCAGCCUCUGCAUUCCUCAGAGUAUUGGAUAUGCUAAUCUAGCUAAAAUGGAUCCUCAGUAUGGCCUGUACACAAGUGUUAUUCCACCAUUGAUAUAUGCUGUGAUGGGAAGUUCAAGAGAAAUUGCCAUCGGUCCCGUGGCUGUGGUUUCGCUGCUGCUCUCUGCAAUGAUAUCGAAAGUAAUAGACCCGUCGGUUGAUCCGGUAACGUACCGACGAACUGUUUUCACUGUCACCUUCUUCACCGGCGCCUUCCAGACGCUGUUUGGAGUAUUCAGGUUGGGAUUUCUAGUGGAUUUUCUGUCACAUGCUGCCAUAGUUGGGUUCAUGGGAGGUGCAGCCAUUGUGAUUGGCCUGCAACAGCUGAAGGGAUUGCUUGGACUUAGCCAUUUUACCUCCAAAACUGAUGUGGUCUCUGUGUUUGGUGCUGUAAUUAAAGCACUUCAUCAGCAAUGGUAUCCAUUAAAUGCUGUCCUCGGCUGUUCAUUCCUCAUCUUCAUCCUAAUUACUCGAUUUAUCGGGCAAAGGAACAGGAAAUUGUUCUGGCUGCCAGCGAUGGCUCCUCUUUUCUCAGUCAUAUUAUCGACACUAAUAGUGUACUUGAGCAAAGCUGAUGAGCACGGCAUCAAAAUCGUGAAACACUUCAAAGGAGGGCUGAACCCGACUUCUGUUCAUCAGUUGAACUUCGGAGGUCCGCAUGUUGGGGAAGCAGCCAAAAUUGGAUUGAUUUGUGCUCUAAUAGCCCUCACUGAAGCGAUUGCUGUUGGAAGAUCGUUUGCGUCGAUAAAAGGGUACCACCUGGACGGGAACAAAGAAAUGGUUGCAAUGGGGUUUAUGAACGUUAUUGGCUCUUUGACUUCCUGCUACACAGCCACUGGUUCGUUCUCAAGAACAGCCGUGAACUACAGCGCGGGGUGCGAGACAGUAGUGUCGAACAUUGUCAUGUCAAUAACAGUACUGAUAUGCCUGUUGUUUUUCACCAAGCUUCUGUAUUACACUCCGCUCGCCAUUCUUGCAUCCAUCAUCCUGUCUGCCCUGCCGGGACUCAUAGACCUACACGCUGCCUAUAAUAUCUGGAAGGUGGACAAGCUGGACUUCAUGGUUUGCCUGGGUGCAUUCUUGGGGGUUCUGUUUGGUUCCGUCGAAAUCGGCCUCCUUGUCGCGGUGAUCGUCUCAUUUGGUAAGAUCAUGGUGAGUUCGAUCAAACCUAGUACAGAAGUAGUCGGCAGACUUCCUGGCACAGACUUAUUCUGUAACAUAGUGCAGUAUCCUGUGGCCAACAAAAUCUCAGGCAUCUUAAUAACCCGUAUUAAUUCCGGCACGCUUUGCUUUGCCAAUGCCAGUUUCAUCCGAGAAAGGAUUCUGAGAUCGGUAACAGAUGAGAACAACACAGACGAAAGUAGUAAGGGCCGACUUCACGUCUUGGUCCUCGACAUGACUAAUGUGAUGAAUAUCGACACUUCAGGUAUUCAUGCCAUGGAAGAACUGUACAAGCAGCUGAUUGCACAAGGAAUAGAAUUGGCAGUGGUGAAUCCAAGGUGGCAAGUGAUCACAAAAAUGAAGGCAGCAAAAUUUGUGGAAAAAAUUGGAGCAAACUGGAUUUUCCUCACUAUAGGCGACGCCGUUGAUGUGGCACUUCGCCUCAAAAUCAAUGGUCUCAAUAAUUGUUAACAGGCUCUAAUGAACAUCUGCCUCUCAUCAUGAUGGGAUAAAUAAAAAUCCUGCCCACAUUUAGGUCCAGCAUUUAAAUUUAUGUGUAAUAUAAGGUUAAUUAAUGUUGGCAUAAGAAUGUGGAAUGGAUAAAAACAUACAUACCCUCAUGAAUAUCAAUGGUAAUUACUUUGGCAGACUUGA